AAAUUCAAAUCCACACAAAUAGUAACCAUUGUGGCCUCACUAAGGGAUGAAGCAUAUAAGCAGCCUCAAGCACAUUCAAGUCUUCAAGGUUCAAGCACAAAAAUGGUAACCAUUGUGGGUUCUUACAAUGUCACUCCUAAUCAACCAACUCCAAAGGAUCCUUCAUGGCUAUCCGAUAGUGACCAAAUCGGUGUCCUAGGUCAUGUAGCCAAUGUCUACAUAUACGAAGCAAAUCCCAACAGCAACACCAUUGAGAGAUUGAGGAACUCUCUUAGCAAGCUUUUGGUGUACUACUAUCCAUUCGCUGGCAGAUUCAGCUUGACAAAAAGUGGUCGCAUAGAAGUGGAUUGUAACGCAAAGGGAGUGACAUUGAUUGAAGCUAAAACCUCACACACACUUGAUGAUUAUGGAGACUUUUCACCUUCAAAGUUGACCGAGGAACUUGUUCCAGAUAUUGAUUAUACUCCACCCAUAGAGGAGAUUCCCCUAUUACUACUUCAAUUCACAAGGUUCCAUUGUGGUAAAGGCCUUGCCAUUGGAGUUGUUAUCUCUCACCCUAUGACUGAUGCAACCGGCCUCACUCAGUUCAUGAAUAGAUGGGCAAAGCUGGCUCGAGGAGAAGAACUAAACCCUAAUGAAAUUCCUUUUCUCGAUCGAACACUACUCAAAUUUCCACACCAGCCAUCAUCACAACGCGUUGAUCAACCAGAGUUGAAGCCUGUACUACAAUUAGAGCAAAAGAAGAAUGCAAGAUGGAGCGGUGCAUUGUUAAAACUCAAGUCAAGCCAAGUGGAGAGGCUAAAGAAGAAGGCUAAUGAUGAACCUUCAAGAGAAGGGGCAAGACCUUAUAGCAGAUUUGAAUCUAUUGCUGCUCAUAUAUGGAGAUGUGCAUCUAAGGCUCGUGCUGAAUCUGGUGAGAAUUCCAAUUCAAACCACCCAACUAUAGUUCGGUUUAGUGUUAAUUUUCGCAAUAGGUUACUGACUCCACCAAUCCCUGAGAAUUAUCUUGGGAAUGCUUUGGCAAGAACAAUGACACCUAAAUGUUAUGAGGGAGAUAUCAUAUCAAAGCCAUUAGGUUAUGCUGCUCAAAAGAUAAGGGAAGCAGUUAACGCGGUUACGGGUGAGUAUGUAAAGUCACAAUUAAGUGUUGGUUUAGGGCAAGAGCAAGUGGAUCACAUUAGGGCUUUUUUCAUGGGACAAGGACACGGUACAAAACCGGCGUAUGCUAGGGAUCAUAACAUUCUCCUCACAAGCUGGAUGAACAUGCCAGUGUAUGAAGCUGAUUUUGGUUGGGGAAAGCCUAUGCAAUUCACUUUAGCACAUGUGUUUCAACAAGUUGAUAGGGUAGGGAUUUUUCCAAGCCCAGAUGGAGACGGUGUUGUUGUCUACCUUAAUUUCGAGACAGCACAAUUGCAACUUUUGAAGAAGUUGUUCUACGCGGAUAUGUAUGUAUCCUCAUUAUAGCACAUAUAUGGAGCUAUGAAAUAUCCUGUUAGCUGUGUUGUGUUUGGGAUUGCUACUACUUUUUGCAGAUUGUUUACUUUUUAUGUUUCUGGGCAUGUUAAAGUCAGUUUACUUGUUUUUAAUUAGUUACUGUUUAAGAGUUGCAACGUUCAGUUUUUUCUUUCUUUAUUAACUAUUAAGUAUAUGUUUGAUGGUGGCGUCACCUGAAAAAUGAGACGAUCCUAACAAGGGCUAGUAGAAAA